AUCGCCAAAGUGCCUUUGUACAAACAUGAGAAGAAAGUAUUGGCCGACUUGGUGGAGGCACAGGACGAGGAGAGUGACAUGAUCACGUACAGGAAACUGAUAAGCGCGGUGAACAACGAAGUGACGACACAGAGAGAGGUGAAAAAGGAGAAAACCGCUCAACAGCGCAGAUGGCGGGAACACAAGGCACAGGUCACGGACAAGGCAGAGAGGAACGCCAGGAACGCCGGGGUCCAUCUAGAGAACCUCGUGGAGAGAGUCACGGCAGCAGCUAAACGACAGUCCCAGCUGUGAGGAAAACUGACAAAGUGAAGCUUGUUAUACACACAUUGUCAUUUCGCUAACUCAGAAUUGAAAAGUUUUAUCCGACAUUUUAAAAUUUGGCCGUUUUGAGUUAAUAAGACCAUGAGGUCAGAAACUAAAAUUUCAUGUUCUAUCUCUGCUUUAUCAAAAUCGUUAAAAUACCUGGAGUCAUUAUGAAGUUACUCAAAGAAUUGCAUUUGAAAAAGCUUGAUAUGUUGUGAAACUCAAAAAAAAAAUGUGAUCUCAAGUUUCUCAAAACUGAGUACAUGUACUGAGCAGAUAGAACUUUGUAAUUCUGAGGUAGCCAUUUAUUGAAGCUAUGAUUAAAGGAGGCAGGUCCUCUGAG